CCGAAUGCGCUUUACUUCUGUGCAUUGUACAUAACUGUAUCGGGUGACUGUUUUGUGAAUUUAAAAAUUCACCUGUGGCUGUGUUUUUAUUAAAACUUAGAAUUAAUGCUUUAAUACGUUAAGUGCGUAUUUGUUUCUAGAAGCAAAUACGUAGUUCACUGAUCGGGCAGUGGAGCGGGAUCAGGCGCUGACAUCGAGUGCCUUCGAGAAAUCUUGGGAGCUGCUGUCACAGGGUGUUAUUUGUAACAGUUUAUUAACAAUUACAACCACAAGCCAGGAUGCUCCCUAGCAGGAUUAUCGGCUCUUUGCUGUUUAAAAUGCGUUCCGAAACUCUUUUCAGCAAGCGAUUCUUUACGGACGACAUUUCAUCGAAGGGACUAUCUAACUUCCAAAAGCGGGUACUGGUUUGGACAAAACGAUAUCCAUCAGUGGACCAGAUUCCUGAAAGAAUCUCGUCCAGCACGAUGUCAAAAGCGUACGAUAAAUUUCGUUGGAGAAUUGCUGUCAUUGGCAUGCUUCUUUCAGUUGUGGCAAGUUUUGGUUAUGCCAUCGCGGGAAAAAGAGCGGCAGCCAGAGGAGACACAAUCGGACGAAGAUACAUGGAGUGGCAUGAAGAACUUCAACCUGGCUCGACAAAACCGAUUGCUUGAUACGGAAACUUUAAUAUUGGUUAAAGAUUUGUCGUUUGUUUGAUUUUGUUUUGCCAGAGAAGUUAUAUUUCUUCCUUUACAAGUAUGUGUGUGAGCUAUGUGGAUGAUCUUGUUUUUUUACAGUGUACGCUUGUUUGGUACGCGUGAAAAAUUGUUGUACUCAAAGAAUCUACUCGAAGAUUAUAAACAGGCUAACAGCAUAAACUACCGCUCACCGGAAUUCAGACAUGC